AAAGGGGGUUUUUCAGUAUCUGAGCAGUUCCAAGCAGUUAUAAAAAUUAAGAGAGAAUUUAGCAAAUUAUUUUGGCUCAAAUCUCUAUCCAUUUGACACCUCUUAUGAGAUUUUCCAUAAAGUUUGAAUCUUUAUAAACGAAACCGCAAAAUAUUUAACACUUCAUAAUUCAUAGUGCAUAGUCACACUCUCUUAUCACUCUUACUACUUGACUCAGUGCGUUUUGGUAGUUACCGGUUUUAACUCUCAUCAUUUCUCACUCUGUGAUGUGAAACAGAACAUAAAGGUUGGUUCUUGAAGCAUUCUCUCAGUUUCUUUCUUUGUUUCAAGAACAAAAGUUUUGUUCUUGAAGCAUUGUUCUGUUGAUUUUGUUUCUUCUCUUUCAUGGUGAUAGGAUAACAACUAUGGACAUAUCAGACUAUACAAGAAUUUUAUUUGAUAAAAUUCAGAAAUUCGAGCCCGAUAAUGCUACAAAGAUAAUGGGCUAUCUCCUUUUGCAAGACCACAGUGAACAAGAAUUGGCUAGCUUGGCUUCUUGUCCUGACCAUAUCAUCAGUGAAGUUGUGUUUAAGGCGAAAACCGAUCUUCAAAUGUUGGCUGUUAAUUCAACCAUGAUGCCAAUUUCACCACCCAAUGUUAACCCUCAACAAGGUUUAAGCCAUUUUCCGGGGUUAUCUUCGUCUUCACCACCGAACUUUCAGCUUCCGUCUGCCUACUGGAAUCCACAAUCUGCUAGUAAUGCCAAUCCUGAAUAUAUGGGAAUGAAUUACAUGGAUUCUCUCGCAGAACUUCAGAAACAAACACAGUUGUUGAGUUUGGAGAAUCGUUUAGAUCAUGUGAAUAUCGGAACUCGAGGCGUUGCUGUCAAUGAUUAUAACAAUGGCUUAGUUGAUGCUUCUGCUGUCAAUUUCGGUGGAAAACCUACUAAAAGGCUUUCACAUUCAAACAUGUCUGAAUUUCCACUCAAGAUCUGUCAUUAUUUCAGUAAAGGUUACUGUAGACAUGGAAGUAACUGCCGAUAUUUUCAUGGUCAAGUUCCUCAUGAUAGCUUCUCUCCUCAUAUGCAUGGAAAUAAUGAUAGUAAUGAGGAUCCGGUGAUGUCGCCAGGUUCACUAGCUCAGAUAGAGUCUGAAAUUAUUGAGCUUUUGAAGCAGCGAAGAGGUAAUCCAAUGUCAAUUGCUUCAUUGCCGAUGGCAUACUAUGACAAGUAUAAAAAGGUAUUGCAAGCUCAAGGUUAUUUAACCGAGAGUCAGAGACAUGGUAAGUCUGGCUAUAGUUUGACAAAGCUUCUCGUGCGACUCAAUAGCAUUCGGCUAAUCGACAGGCCUCAUGGACAGCAUGCAGUGAUACUGGCUGAAGAUGCACCGAAAUACAUUCAAAAGGGAGAUUCUGUUCAAAAUAUCAGUGCUUUGCGACAGAUAUAUUUGACUUUUCCAGCUGACAGCACCUUCACAGAAGAGGAUGUUGCAAACUACUUCAACACAUUUGGAUUUGUUGAAGAUGUUAGGAUUCCAUGCCAGCAGAGACGGAUGUUUGGUUUUGUAACAUUUGCUGAUCCUGAAACGGUUAGAAUGAUUCUGGAUAAGGGAAAUCCCCAUUAUGUUCGAGGGUCUCGUGUGCUCGUGAAGCCUUACAGGGAGAAGACAAAGGUUGUUGAAAGGAGGUACCAAGAUAAGAUGGAGCACUCUAUUUGCUGUCCCCAUCACUUUGCAAAUAUUGACUCCGAACUCGACUCAAUUCCAAUAAGUUAUGGGACCCAAAGAUCUCUAAGGAGACAGUGGAUGGAAGAACAAGAAGCUCUUGAAUUGCAAAGGAGACGUCUUGCGCAUGCGCAGUUGCAGUUUACGCAAAGACCUUUGCCCAUUUCACCUCAGUUCGGCUGCUUCCCCAUGGAUGCAUUAAGAGUUCCAGAUGAUCAUUUCAAUAUCCAGUCUACGGAAGCUCCCAAUUAUGCGUUGAAUAACAAAACCAAGAAUGCCGACACUGAUUCCUCUGAAGGGAAUAGCAACGAAGGACUCAAUCUCCCCGACAGUCCAUUUGCAUAGUCCACCGAUGGAAAAUGAUAAGUAGGAAGUGAUGUAGUUUCUGAAAUAGAACAUACAGGAGGUAUAGGCAACAACAACUUUCUUUUGAUACAUAAUACAAAUAUUCUUUUGGACUAGUUACUCGACUAGCGUCGCAGUAUAGGUAGCAAGGAUAUGCAUGCUGAAAAAGGAUAGUAGAGUAAUUUCCUUUUUGCAACUGAAACCGGUGGAAUUAACAUAAGUUUACUAUUGAUACAUGUAAGAAGGUUAUUGUUUUGUUUUUAACUAUAGAAAGAUGGCUGAAAGGUUUGGUGUUUUAGAAAGAACACCUUGUAGUUAAGAACUAGUUAAGAGCUUUUAGAAUAUGUGGCUGAGGAGUGAGGACCUCUUUUCCUCACUAUAAGUAACUUUUAUUUUAUAGUUUUAAAACUUCAUAUAAAGUCCAUUAUAUGUAUUUUGAAUUCUUUUAUGGUUUAUAUACUUCAAAAUUCAGGUUUUUA